GGAAAACAAAAGUGCAAAAGGCACAAAUUAACUCUUGAUUUUUCUCUAGAAAAAUCCAUUCUCUCUCAAGACUUUUUUUCUCUAAUUUUCCCUCUCUGGUGUGUCUCAAUGUCUCAUCUUAGAAGGUUUUUUUUUUCUGUCAGAAAGGGCAUCUCAUCUUAGAAGUUACGACAUCAAAAAGCUCAUCAUCUCCUUUUCUUUGUAAGUUCGUCUAAGUUCGAAUCGUGUGAUCGAUGAACAACAUCGUCCGAGGAUUAACUUGUCCCUUCAUGUGCUGCAUUUUCUAAUUCAGAAUACUAUCUUUGAGAGGACUUCAUUAUUAAAGAAGAAAGAAAACAAAAUGCCACAAGAAUUAGUGAGAGGAUUAAAGGGUUUGGUGUCCACAAGCAAUGGAGAUUAUGAGCUUGCUCAACGAAAAGCUGAAGAAACAGCUAAGAGAAGGUACCAAGCUGUGGAAUGGCUGAGACAGAUGGACCAAGGCGCGGCGGCCACACUGCCGGAAAAACCGUCGGAGGAAGAGUUCUGCCUCUCCCUCCGCAAUGGACUCAUUCUCUGCAACGUCCUCAACAAAGUUAACCCCGGUUCGGUUCUUAAGGUGGUGGAGAAUCCUGUCACAUUAGCGAUUCAAUAUGCUGAAGGAGCAGCUCAAUCCGCAAUUCAAUAUUUUGAGAACAUGAGGAACUUUCUUAAAGCUGUAGAGGAUAUGCAGCUUUUGACAUUUGGAGCUACUGAUCUUGAAAAGGGAGGUUCAUCGAACAAAGUAGUAGAUUGCAUUUUGUGUUUGAAAGGGUUUUACGAGUGGAAACAAGCAGGUGGAGUUGGAGUGUGGAGGUAUGGAGGGACUGUGAGGAUAGUCUCAUUAUCACAUCCAAAACACUCUUCUACGAGUUUGUCUCUUGGUAGCGAAAGCAACACUGAUGAGUCAGUGUCUUUGGACGAAUCUGAUCAGUCUUCUCAGUAUGACCAGCUUCUUGAUUUUCUUCACCUCUCUAAUGAGAUUGCAACUGAGGAAUCUGAAACCUCAGUCUCCCUGGCCUUUCUUUUUGAUCAUUUUGCGCUUCAGCUACUAAAUGCUUACCUCAAGGAGAGUGAUGGGAUCAAUGAUAUACCUUUAAAUGAAAUGGUGAUUGAUACCUUGCUCAACAAGGUAGUCAAGGAUUUCUCUGCGAUACUUGUUUCUCAAGGGACUCAGCUGGGUUCGUUUCUAAGGAAGAUACUGAAGUGUGACAACGGAAAUCUAUCAAGGUCAGAGUUUUUAGAAGCAGUCUUUAAAUAUCUUGGGCACAGAAAAGAUAUGGUGUCAAAGGAGUUUUCAAAGUUUUGUAAAUGUGGUGGGAAGCUUGAGAUUAUUGGAUCAAGCGUCCAUGAGUUUUCUCCUAGUCAUGCAAAAGCUAUUGACCUUCAACAGAAAGAGCUGGAGGAAGUAAAAUCAAAUUACAUGGGAACAAAAUGUCAAGUUAAGCAAAUGCAGUCAGAAUGGCAUGAAGAGCUUCAAAGGAUAGUCCAUCACGUUAAGACCAUGGAAGUUGCAUCUUCUUCUUACCACAAGGUUCUGGAGGAAAACCGUUUACUUUACAAUGAGGUCCAAGAUCUUAAAGGCACCAUAAGAGUCUACUGCAGAGUCAGGCCUUUCUUACAAGGAACAAAAGAUAUGCAAUCAACCGUUGAUUAUAUUGGAGAAAAUGGCAAUAUUAUGAUUGCCAAUCCUUUUAAGCAGACAAGGAAAAUAUUUGCCUUCAACAAAGUAUUUGGACAGAACAUCUCACAAGAGCAAAUAUACAUGGAUACUCAACCGGUAAUAAGAUCUGUCCUUGAUGGAUUCAAUGUUUGCAUAUUCGCGUAUGGACAAACUGGUUCAGGGAAAACAUAUACAAUGAGUGGGCCAGAUCUGAUGACUGAGACAACGUGGGGCGUGAACUACAGAGCUCUACGUGAUCUCUUCCAGCUUUCAGAUGCAAGAACACAUGUGGUGUCAUAUGAAAUUGGAGUACAGAUGAUUGAAAUAUACAAUGAACAAGUUAGAGAUCUACUAGUCAGUGAUGUUUUUUUUUUCUUUAUUUUUCUUGACCAGUUUCUCACGUUAGACAUACGCAACAAUUCUCAACUCAAUGGGCUAAAUGUACCUGACGCAAGCCUGGUUCCAGUUUCUAGUACUAGAGAUGUUGUUGAUUUGAUGAAGAUUGGCCAAAAGAAUCGUGCAGUGGGAGCCACUGCUCUAAAUGAGAGAAGCAGCCGUUCUCACAGUGUCUUGACCGUUCACGUCCAAGGAAAAGAGUUAGCCACAGGAACCAUUUUAAGAGGAUGCCUUCAUCUAGUGGAUUUGGCUGGAAGUGAAAGAGUGGAGAAAUCAGAAGCUGUGGGUGAGAGACUCAAAGAAGCUCAACACAUAAACAAAUCCUUGUCUGCACUAGGAGAUGUCAUUUCAGCACUUGCACAAAAGAGUUCACACGUUCCCUACAGAAACAGCAAGCUUACACAAGUUCUACAGGAUUCCUUAGGUGGGCAAGCCAAAACUUUAAUGUUUGUGCAUAUUAACCCUGAAGUUAACGCGGUAGGAGAGACUAUAAGCACCCUUAAGUUUGCUCAAAGGGUUGCAUCCAUUGAACUUGGAGCAGCUAGAUCCAACAAAGAAACUGGUGAAAUUCGAGAUCUUAAGGAUGAGAUAUCCAGCCUCAAAUCUGCAUUGGAGAAGAAGGAAGCAGAGCUUGAACAAGUGCGAGUGAGUAGCAUCCGGACCACAACUGAAUGUCAGAAAGCGAGAGCAGUUUCUCCUUUCCAUAUCCCAAGAACAAAGGUUGAAGCAAGUCCACAGCCAAAUGAAAGUACGAGAAACUACGAGACAAGAAGUUGCUCAACAGGGAAGCAGAGAAAGGCAGGGUUCACAUCUGCACUAAGAAACAGAGAAGCAAUCCCAAAGAUGCCAAAUCUAGCAGAAGAGAGGUUAGACCCAAGAUCACCAUCACCUACAAGUAAGAGGUCAUUAUCAACAGAUAGAGGAUCUUCCAUCAAAAGUAGAAACAAGCCAGACGUUACUCAAAACCUUCCGGUUUCAAGAACACCUUUUCCAGCUAGAGUACAAGUAGCCAAAUCCUUUGCAACCGUUCCACUAAACCCAUCAGGAGAAAACAGGGUUCGUAUAGAUAACACAUCAGAGUCUCAUCAAAAGUUAAGCGCUAGAAAACUCUUCCCUGAGGUUGAUGAGCAACAUAUGAGACAUGCACUUAACAUACGUCAAGGUGGUGUUAAGAAGACCAAAGCAGAGAGCAUUAAAGCCAAAGGUAAGCAACUAUCGUCAGCUAGGUUUCAGAAACUUGAUGUUGGGAUCAGUUUACGUUCUGAAGCUGAUUCCCAAGGAAGUUGUCUGAACCAAAAGGGGAACAACAAUCACAAUGUGGUGCAUUCAAGAUUCCAAAAUUUUGACGUUGGCAUCAGCUUGUUCUCUGAUCUCUGUGCUGGUGACAAAUCAGAUUCAACAACACUCAAGAGUGAUUCUUCAGAGACAGACAAUGAGCAUCAUGGACUCGUUGAACCACCUUUGAGAUUGAAGAAUUCACAUACAAACUUCUCCCACAAACUAAGGACGAUCUAUGCUCACGGGGACGACAAGAUUUCAAACGGUAAUAGUAAUAUAUCUAUGCCUGAGUUAAGGAGAAGUCGUUCAACGAAUCACGGAAGGUUUCCGUAG